GAAAAGCCUCAGUCUGAGGGUGUCCUCCUGCCUGGACACCCAGCGUCACAGGGCUCAGGAAGGCGUCCUCCUCACCACCACCUCUUCUCAUGAGCCACCCGGAAGCUGUGAUGAAGUCGGGCAGUGUUCAGCCCGCAGCUGCAGCAGGUCAAACGCUGCCCAGCAUCCCAACCACGCGGCGCCUCACAAUUGACGAUUUUGAAAUCGGGCGUCCUCUCGGAAAGGGAAAAUUUGGGAAUGUGUACCUGGCUCGGCUCAAGGAAAGUCAUUUCAUUGUGGCCCUAAAAGUCCUCUUCAAGUCCCAGAUAGAGAAGGAAGGACUGGAACACCAGCUGCGCAGAGAAAUUGAAAUCCAGGCGCAUUUACAACACCCCAAUAUCCUUCGCCUGUACAACUACUUCCAUGAUGCGCGCCGGGUGUACCUGAUUCUAGAAUAUGCUCCAAGGGGUGAGCUCUACAAGGAGCUGCAAAAGAGCCACAUAUUAGAUGAGCAGCGUACAGCCACGAUAAUGGAGGAGUUGGCAGAUGCUCUGACCUACUGCCAUGACAAGAAGGUGAUUCACAGGGAUAUUAAGCCAGAGAACCUGCUGCUGGGGUUCAGGGGUGAGGUGAAGAUUGCAGACUUUGGCUGGUCUGUGCACACGCCCUCUCUAAGGAGAAGGACAAUGUGUGGGACACUGGACUACUUGCCCCCAGAAAUGAUUGAGGGGAGAACAUACAAUGAGAAGGUGGAUCUAUGGUGCAUUGGGGUGCUCUGCUACGAGCUGCUGGUGGGAAAUCCACCCUUUGAGAGCGCCUCCCACAAUGAGACCUACAGACGCAUCCUCAAGGUAGAUGUACGUUUUCCCCCGUCAAUACCUUUGGGGGCUCAAGACUUGAUCUCCAAGCUUCUCAGAUACCAGCCCUCGGAGCGGCUGCCCUUGGUCCAGAUCUUGGAGCACCCCUGGGUCCGGGCACACUCUCGGAGGGUGCUGCCCCCAUCUGCUCAAAUGGUUUCCUGACCCCUGUCCACCCUGUUCCUCUGCGAUUGCCCAUGGAGCACCCGUGGCUCUGGUGUCUCCUCUGCCUUUUGUUUCUUCUCUUUUAAGAUGCAUCAUGCUAAUUAAUAAAAGCUGAAUCACUUUGUACCCGG